AUGGGGAGCAGCAAUAGAGACAGCCCUGUCCCCUCUGAGCGUCCUCCUAGAUCUCGUUACCUGCGAGUGACCGAGAAGAUGUCAUGGGAGUUCAAGAUUAAAAAAAAGGUGAAGAUGGUGCCUUCCUGUCUGGGCAAGUUGAGACCAAUCGUGGGCCAGUGCUGCCACCAGUGCACCCCAGAUAGUCUGCGAAAGACACUCGGACAAAACUCCUCGCUUGGCUUCGCCGACCUGUUAAGUGUCAACGAAACACAAACCAGAUACCGAGGCUGGCUGGUGCGGAAGGUGUGCUGUGCCCUGUUUGUAAUUGGGUGCAAGGUUUAUGAGAGUCCUGUUGGCGACAGGCUGGAGAGAAUCUAUCAGAGCAACAGGGUUAGGGAGGCGUUCACAGCAGACCUUAAAGUACCGGAGGGGGGAGACGGCCAACAGCAGCUCAGUCUUCUCUCACCCUUUCUUCCCCUCUUCAACACCUGCAUUUCCUCUGGCCUCUUAAGAUUCAUGGGCUGGCUGAUGCUGAAGAUGUUUGCUUCUGUGUUUGGCAGUAUUCAAGUUAACGUCAACAAUUUGUCAGCUUCACACAAAGCCUCACAACAGGACUCUCUGCUGGUUUAUGUGCAUUUGCGUCAGAGUUACAUGGACUGCGCUCUCAUCCCACUCGUGCUCUUCUGUCACAACCUGAGAGUACCAUAUACUGUUUGUCCUCUCCACGUUAACAACUCCUUCCUAAGAUCAGUCCUCCAGAAAGUAGGUGUGAUCCUCCCGCCACCCUCUGCGUUAUCUGAGUUGGAAGCUGAAGAGGAUGCUGUGCACGCUCCUAUGAUGACCUCUCUGUUACGUGAGCUGCUACAUGAGGGUCAGGCGGUGUGUGUUGGUGUGUCAGCAGAGUCUGGCCACGGUGGCCAGUGGCUGGCUCGCAUCAGAGAGCUCAUCAAAGAAGGAUGUGUCCCUGAUGUCAGCCUGGUUCCUGUGGGCAUCUCAUACGACUGUUUGACCAAGACCAACUCACAGGUGGGCUUACGAUCCGUGUUGCAGUGGCUGUGGUCUCUUUUCUGGAGGAAACCAGAAGGAAGUGUGACGAUCCACUUCGCCCAGCCAUUUUCUCUCAAGGAGAUGUGCGACUCAGGGAGGUGCAGAAUAGAUGAAUGGCUCCCUCUGCAGGACCUGUUGCUGCCAGUUAUCCUCCACAACAGAACUCGAAGUGUUUAUGGUAAGAGGCAGAUGUCGUGGCUCUUGUCUUCUCAUUAUGUAUCUGAACUAAGCCUUUCAGAGAGAGACCUAAGCGUUGCCAUCAUCCUUCACCUCAUCUUCUCUGCAACUUCCUGCAUGGCUGCGAUGUCCACCAGUGUCGUAUCCAGCCUUCUGCUUUACAAACACCGUAAGGGCGUGAGUGCGUCUGUCCUGUGUCGUGACGUGGCUUGGCUCACAGAGGAACUCUUGUUUCGAAUCAGAGAUGUUGGCUUUGGGGGAAACUUAGCUGAGAUUGUUCAGUAUUCACUCACACUGCUUGCCCCUCACCUCAUCAUCGCCGCAGCAUCGUCCAGGAAGGACCCUUAUAUCAUGCCUCGUUCGUCUCCUGCUGCAACUCUUCAUCUCUCCCUCCAGGCCCAGAUAGUGACGCACACGUUUAUACUGGAGGCAGUUGGAGCAUGUGCAGUGUCUGCCAUGCUGUGUGAGGUGGUUUUCAGCGGCGUCGGCAGCCGGGUGAGGACUGACGGUGUGGAGGAAGAGCAGGUCAAGGGUGACAUGGAAUUUGAUGUGGUCCUCUGCCAGUCAGAGCUGACGGAGAAAGCCUUGCAGCUUUGCCAUCUCCUGCCUCCGGGCGUCAUGCCACCCUGUCAGUCAUCCCAGAGCUUUGCUCUGGAAGCCAUUGACAGUCUGGUUCGCUGCAGCAUCCUGAUUAUGGAAGAAAUUCCCAGAGAUCAUCCAAUCUGUGAUUUCUGGAAGAGGGAGGGCACUUUGAGCUGGACCACCAGUGACCAGGACCCUUAUCACAGCGACUCUGAGUGCGAGGAGCAGGAAGUGGGUUCAUACAAGAUAAGCCGGCCCAGUCGCUGUCCAGACCUGCUCUUCUUCCUCUGCAGUAUGCUGGCUGGGCAUCUGAGGGCGCUGUGCUGGAUCAUCACGGCCCUGGACGCCCUGGACGCUCCUCUGGCUGAAGCCGAGUUUAUAGCUCAGAUACACUCCCGUCUGUGUGACAAGGCAAGUCAGAAGAAGAAGCACUACGAGAGCUGCUCGGAGGAGGCGGCACACACCGCAGUUAGAACACUAAUAGACCUCGGGGUCCUGGAGGAGCGCCACGCAGGAGGUGUCGUCCUGAGUGUUAGUCCUUUGUUCCAGUUGUCAGAGAACCGGCAGAAACUGCAUCGCUUCAUCUCGCAGUACCUCUACAAUUAGUGUUUAAGUGUGCGGCAUGA